AUGAAGAAGUCAACAGAUGCGAAGACGCGAAGGGCGUCACCGCCCUCGUCUUCAUAUAUGACGGAUGAUCAGUUUGCGCGCCCCGGCGGUGCUAGGCCAAUACCGCUACAAACCCGUCUCAAGGGCGAUGGCUGCGAUGUCGACAUCUCUUCCGCCCCCUCUAGCAUUCACAAGCACCAAGAUGCUAUUUCAUAUGCACCAAACGUUGCCCCUCUCGGUAGCCCGCCCCGGCUGUCUAGCGUGAGCACUCGCCGUCACGACUACUACACAACACACCAAAUUGCUCCGUUAAAGCCUUCCGACGUUGUGCCUACGGCUACCUAUAUGGAGAGCGGCCAGAGGUGGAUGGAAAGGGAGGAGGCCGUCUCCCUCCGUGAUGCUAUGGAUAUGAUGGGCAUUCGAGAAGGCAUCAAGAACGGCACUCGUACCGAGGACGACCUCUACAACGCUGCUCUGAACGAAGCGUCAGAGCUCGUGUGGGAACAUCAGCACGGCAUUAAACCUCGCCAAGCAGAUGGGCCAUAUCGCUACAGACCGCAUCUUCAAAAGAACAGCUACGCGCACGCUCGUACCUCGACUAUUGGCGUGAACAGGCAUGAGGUUGCUAGGCCGAGUAGCGAUGUGGACUCGCCUUCCGACUCCGACAUGUUGGCGGAAGGAAAUGACCUAUCUCAGGCUCAUAAGCAAGUCUUGAGCGCAAACCAGUCCGCUGCGGGAACCAGAACGAGCCUGAAGCCAAGACCUCUCGGGGGUGUUCCAGUCUCCAUGCGGCGCACAAGCCUGAAGAGAAACAUUAGUGGUGAAGUCGAGCGCCCUUUCUCAGGAGAUCAAAUUUGGGAGGAGCCGGAGACGUCCACGUCGGGAGUUUCCGUUUCAACAUCCCGGCAGUCAUUCGACAAUCGUCCAAAAGCGGUCCCUACGAUAAGCGAUGAGGCAUCUCGGAAGCUUUAUAACCGAAUUGAUAUAUAUCGAAACCCCCCCUCACAGUCGCGCAACCCCCAGUACACGAAGAACACUCCAUCUUUACAAUCAAAGUCUGAACUGGCGGGAGAGCGGAAGAACGGGAUCGAAGUCCGAAGUAAUGAUAUUCGUGCGGCCACCAGCAGAAAGUUAAAGGAUCGCAGCUCCAAACUACCGGAGCCUUCGGCCGUCAGCAACAGCCCUGGACGGCCGAUUGUAAGCUUCAACGCGAACUGGAAAGCCCCGGAUGAGUAUGCUGAUAUCACCACAGCCCAGGCGCCAAAGUCCAAGGCGCAAGCUCCUUCAAGCUUCCACCAUGUGGGCGUCCCUUCUAUCGUGGUGGAGGGGGAUGGUCCCUCACAACUACGGGAAAACGUACGUUCAGGCAUGCCGUCAGCCACUGUAGCCAAAUCGAAGGAGGCGGAAAAUAGGCCAUCACCGGGAAGCGACGUACCCACCAUCAUCCUGAAUGAAUCGUCUGGCAGCAACCCCGUCCCCGUUAUCGUGACACCAGACGAGAAGCCAGUUGGCAGCGUGCGCCCGCUGCCGAGUCGCACCAACCCAGGUCGAAGCCAAAGGCCUCAGGACAACAGGCCUCGGGACAACCGGCCACCACGGCCCAGAUCCGAUGGCCGUGUGAACGCAACGUGCCAUGAGUGUGGCUUUGCGAUCGAAGGGCGAUGUAUUGCGCUAGCGACGCAAGAACGAUUCCAUCCGCAGUGCUUCCGCUGCUUUUCCUGCGGAACGGGACUGGAAGCGAUGGAGAUAAGCCCUGAACCUGAUGAUGUUCGCGCCGAACGUAUAGAGAGGAUCCGGCGACGCGAUGCCGGGGAGGUCUUGGAGGAGCUGGAAGGAACAACGAUGGCGGAGGAUGGUGAUGAUCGACUGCGCUUCUACUGCCACUUGGACUGGCACGAGCUCUUCGCACCGCGAUGCAAACACUGCACAACGCCGAUUAUGGGAGAGCACAUCGUAGCCCUCGGUCAGCACUGGCACUACGGCCACUUCUUCUGCGCCGAAUGCGGCGAUCCCUUCGAGAACGGCAUGACGCACAUCGAAAAGGACGGGUACGCUUGGUGCUUGAAGUGCCAGACACAGCGUACGGAACGACGGGCGCCCAAGUGUCAGAAAUGCAAAAUGGCCGUCGUUGGGCAGUACAUCAAAGCGCUCGGCAGCGACUGGCACGAGCAUUGUUUCCGAUGCGCCGAGUGCAGCGGAAGUUUCGACGAUGGACAGGUCUUCCCGAAGGAGGUGCUGGGGUCUACGGUUGUGCUCUGCACGGCUUGUCGGGCACGAGAACUGAAGGCGUGA